AUGGUGGUGCUUCUGGUUCUCUUGUUGGUCGCGCUCCACUUGCGGCUGACAUGGCAUGACUUGGUGGACUUCCAGCGGUGGAUCUGCCAGUGGAGGGAACGAGAUGCCACCGUGGAUCUUCUGAAAGAAGCAAGGGUCGAGGAAGAGAUGACCCAGCUUCGCAAGAGGAACAUCCAGUUGUUCAGUCGUUGCUCCUGUCAUUUGGAUUUCACGCUUUCCAUUCUGAUGCUUUACCAAUUCUGGGCUAGCCCUGGGCUGGACUCUGCAACCUGGGCGACUUGUUGCAUGGUGGGCUACGCCGUCUCGCUCUUCACAGCUUUAACACUGGAUUAUAUAGUGCUGACUCCGCGGCUCACAUACUUUUGCCAUCUACUUGCACUUGCAGCCUUUGUCUCUACGGCUUACUCCGGUGCCAAGCAGCGAUCAACGACGCAAGGCUUUCACUCUGCAGUACGCUUCUGCCUGGUGCUGGCAUUCUUGGAUCCCAAGAUCACCAUCCCUUUCCAAGUGCUUUACAGCCUCGUCGAGGUGCUUCUACAUGUUUGUGUGAUGGAGGAGGGCGAUUUCUGGGUGCAAUUGGGAUCCUUUAGCUCGGGGCAAGUCCAUAUUUUGGUGGCAACCAUUGCUUCCUCUAUGUUCAUCGAUAUGGGUCUUCGCGGGCUUAUCUAUGCACGGCUGGACACGGCAGAUGCCGAGUCCUUGCUUUCGAGCUUCCGACGGGUCUUGAGAGGUGUGUGUGACGGCGAUGUGCUCUUGGACAGCCAGAUGAAUGUGGCCCAGGAAAGCCAAUGCUUGAGACAUCUCAUACUCACGGAUGUGAGUCUCAAAGGCAAGUCCUUCGAACACCUGCUGGUCGAUGACGAGCAGCGCACUCGCUUUCGUGAGUUUGUUGAGGCUUCAAACGACACAUUCCAGGUGCCACACGCCGGUUUCAGUGCACCUCCGGUGUGCUUGCGGGUGUCCUUGCGUAGCUCUGCAGGCAUACGAGUGGCCACGGAUAUGUACCAUGUGCCUGUUCCAGGCCUUUUUGGCACCAAUGACCCUUACCAUCUUAUCGCAUUCAAAGAAGAUCCCGAGUCCCGGCCGCAACCGGAAGCUGGGAAAGAUGCUGUGCCAUCAGUGCUUUUGCCUACUUUGAACGAAGGCCAGAGCCACGCACGAUCCCUGCAUGCAGACUCCAGGUCAAUGCUGUCUGGAAGCACUGGAAAAAGUUAUCAGCUUCCUUAUUGUGCUGAAUUGAAGGAGAUGACCUUGCUCGUAGAUGUUGACUCGGAGCUCCAGGAUGUCACCGAAGCACAUGUGAGGUUUCAGCGUGAUGAGCCGCCCAGCGACCUUCCUGCUGCCUUGCAAUCAACCAUGCCCAGCUUGCGCAAGCUGGUGAAACCCACUGACUGGGAGAAGGUGCGGUCAAAAGCCAUGAGGUUUACAGAAAGGAGUCUCCUUGAUCCAACCAUUCAGUCCCGAGUACUGAAACAGAUGACUUUGCGAUUGCCUGGGCAUUCCGGUUGGCUGGUUGCAGAGCAAGCCGCCUUCAAGCGCUUCUCGAAUGAGAAUGUCCAGGGAAAGAAGGUCUGGCUGCAUAUGAUGUGCUUUCGCCCGGAGAGGCUUCUGCGGCCGGGACCUCUCUCGAGCGACGCGGGUUGCGAGGAUCCGCCGAUGAAGUUCGCCCAGCCGGAGGCCUCCCGGGGCGACUUCGACCCCAGCGAGGAUGCCUUGGACCACUAUGUGAAUUGCUGCGGAGGACAAAAGGCGCGGGCGGUGAGAAUUUGCGACAAGAACAGCACAGAUUCGGCGGGGUCCAGUCGUUUGGAAGAUGAAGAUGCGUGGCCUUCCAGGAUCAGUGUCUCGAUAUAUACUUUAUUGAACUGUGUAAUCCCAGCAGGUAGAUAA